AUGAGCUCGAGCAAGCGCUGGAAGUCAAUCGAUCUAUGCACCAACCAAAGCCAAAGACACCGCCCAAAGUGUGGGUUUAACAUGCUUGUUCCGUUCAAUGUGCUGUUGACUGCUGGAUCGAAAUUGUCGGUGUGGAGGAUUUGGUGGAGGAAGAUCAAGAAGGAACAGAGGAGGAUCUUCCAUUUCUCUGCUCCGGCGUGUGCCCCAUAUGAUCCCUUCACGUACGCCCAGAACUUCGAUCAGGGACAGACAUGGGCCGAUCCAGAUAACCUCUCAAGGACGUUCUCUGCUCGGUUCGCUGUUCCAUCGAGGAUUCUUGAGGAGACUGAUUUGAUGGGUUGA